AGAUUAUACAAGAGAAGAAAAAUAUGAGAAACCACACAGAAAUAACAGAGUUUAUCCUCCUGGGAUUGUCAGAUGACCCACAGCUUCAGGGGAACAUACAGUCACUGUUCGAAAGUGGGGAAAAAUGAUCAGCGAUGAAAAAUCACACAGUACCCAAAGAAUUCAUUCUUCUAGGGAUAUCUGAUGACCCAGAGCUCCAGACUGUGAUUUUUCUCUUUUUAAUUACCACAUAUAUAUUAAGUGUCACUGGAAAUCUGACCAUCAUCACUCUCACUUUGGUGGAUUCCCAUCUACAGACCCCUAUGUAUUUCUUCCUCAGGAACUUCUCUGUAUUAGAAAUAUCCUUUACAACUGUCUGUAUUCCUAGGUUUCUGGGCACAAUUAUCACCAGAGACAAAUCUAUUUCAUACAAUAAUUGCACUGCUCAGUUGUUUUUCCUCAUCUUCAUGGGUAUAACUGAGUUUUAUCUUCUCACUGCCAUGUCCUAUGAUCGCUAUGUAGCCAUCUGUAAACCCCUACAUUAUGCAACCAUCAUGAACAAAAGAGUCUGCAUUUUACUUGUCUUUUGUGCUUGGCUGGCAGGAUUCUUAAAUAUCUUCCCACCAGUUAUUCUUUUUCUCCAGUUAGAUUACUGUGGCUCCAAUGUCAUCGAUCACUUUGUUUGUGACUAUUUUCCCCUCUUGCAGUUAUCUUGCUCAGACACAUGGCUCCUAGAAGUGAUUGGCUUUUACUCUGCAAUAGUCAUACUGCUUUUCACUUUGGCAUUAAUAAUUCUAUCCUACAUGUUCAUCAUGAGAACAAUUCUGAAACUGCCUUCCGCCAGUCAGAGAAAAAAGGCAUUUUCUACGUGUUCCUCUCACAUGAUUGUCAUUUCCAUCUCUUAUGGAAGCUGCAUAUUCAUGUAUGCCAACCCUUCUGCAAAACAGAAGGCAUCAUUGACCAAAGGAGUAGCUAUUCUGAAUACCUCUGUGGCUCCUAUGAUGAAUCCAUUUAUAUAUACCCUGAGGAACCAGCAAGUAAAGCAAGCCUUUAAGGAUACUGUCCAAAAGGUUUUGUUUUUCUCCAGUAAUUGAAGGCAUUAGUAGCAUUACAAGAAUGAAGUGCUUGGAAAUGCUUUCUACUAUUCACACUUUCUCAAAACUCCCUUUCCUUUACUCGAGUUAUGUGUUUUCCCCUUUUUGUCCAUCCCCCUAUUACAAUUUCCCAAUCAUGGAACUCAAUAAAUUUGAUAAUGUGAAUAUCGUGUCAGAAUUUUCUGUACAUUCAAAAGUUUUAUUCAAAUGUAUUUGAAUGAAGUAAUAAAAUUGGGUUGAUGAUUAUGA